AUGUUGCCGUUCGUGUCUAUGGGUCUUUUCUGGAAGCUGUUUCCUGGCUUCGCGCGCGACAAAUGCAAGUGCUACUUUCAGUACAUCGGUGCGUCUUUCGCCUGGGGAACGGGCCUGGUCGCUUACAGCGCGCGGAAGGACUACUCGGAGAGAUUCACGAAGCCUGGCCUUUUCUACAAAAUGCAUCUGAACAAACUCCUGCGCACGGGAAAGAUUGACCAAGAAAGGUACAACAGCCUGCUCACGGGCGCGGUCCACUGA